ACUAAAAAUCGACGUCAAUCAAACAUGGAAACAUGUCAGUCGCACAUUUAAUGGCGGAGAUUGUGUUGUUUUUUGCGUGCGACCAGUCCCGGUAAUGUUGUAUCAUCGAAUCACAGAGACUUAAAGAUGAAUAUCGCGUUAUAUUGGGACUAGUGUUUGUUUGAUUAUUUUUGUUUUGACUGAGUUGUGCCGGAUUGUAUUGGGUAUGGAGUGUAAGAACAUUGAGUUGGAUUUGGAUUUAUUGAAUUAGUGUGCGUCGGCGGUGGUCGCGUGGUCUGGGACCGGUGUCGGCGGUGGCGUGAGCUGAGCGCGGAGCAAGAUGGGGGCGCAGCAGGCGAAGGAACGCGGCGGGCCCAGCGGCGCUUCGAUGCGGUCCGUGCGGACAAAGCCCCGAGUGCCCAAAGACCCCCGCAUUCUCGGCUCGAACAUAUUCACAGAGCACAGCGAGGCGCUGCUGCAGAGCCGGCCGCUCCCUCACAUCCCGGACCUCCCGGACGGCGAGGCGGCGGCGCCGGGAACUCCACAGUCCCUCGACACUGCUACAAGCGUCAAUCUGUGCAGAUGGACGUCCAAAGAGAACCUGCUGGCCCACCACGAGGAGGACGACCCUCAGCUCUUCGUGGCGCUGUACGACUUCCAGGCCGGCGGGGAGAACCAGCUCAGCCUCAAGAAAG